UUCCUAUCCAUGUACCUGUCCAAGUGCCUUUUAAAUGUUGUGAUAGUACCUGCCUCAACUAUGUCCUCAGGCAACUCAUUCCUUAUACCCUCCACCCUCUUGGAAAAAGUUGCCCCUCGGGUUCCUAUUAAAUUCUUUAAACCUCUGUCCUCUGGUUCUUGAUUGCCCUACAAGUUGUUGUGUUUUCGCCAGUUUCGGUGGAAGGUGUGUGUAGUGUGAUCAGCGCGGAUAAUAAAUAGAAAGAGGAGGAGCAGCGAAGCUGGAAGCCAUUGCGCUCGGUCGCAUCCACGGCAAUGUUAGAGCGAGGGCAGGGAGCGGGCUGGAGCAGACGCAGUUAUGCGCUGCCUUGCUGUAGCGGAGUGCGCAGUGAGGGCAGCCCUCUGAUCUUGCUGGACUCCCGCAGACCGCUCGGCCCCACUGACAUGGGAUGGGCGAGGACGCCACUGUGGCGGCCGAGUACUCACUGAUCUGCCUCAAGGUGAAGGCAAGGUUGCCGGAGCCAGUCCCAGCCGAGUUCCCCUUUCUCGGGAAUGAAAGAGCCACUUCGCUGAGAAUCGUCUGCAGGUCCAGUGGCGAGAGUUGUGUUGACGAGAUAUCCGAGAUAUGACAGCGCUGAAGAUAUCCGAGGUCGAGAUGAAAAGCUACUAUUUCCUCCUCGAAGCUUGUUCACUGUUGGAAUCCACGCUCAAAAAAGAUCUGGCUCCAGAGACCAUCAGUGCAAACAGCAUCAGUGAGCAUCUGAAGAAACAGUUUGUGUUCCUCACAGGCGGACAAAGUAAAGAAGGUGCGGUGAUUCUAACCUUUCCAGAGUACGCCAGCUUUGGUGCUGUUCCGCCUGAGGCUCUGACACAGGCACUUGCGUACCUGGCUGCCGUUUCAAGCCUACAAAAACCCGAGAUGAAGUUUACAGUGAUAUUGGACAGGCGUCUGGAUUCGUGGAGCUCUGUCAGAUUGGGCCUCAGCCAGAUCGCAGCCUCGUGUCCGGGGAGCCUGCAGCUGGUGUUGUUGCUGCGGCCGACUGGCUUCCUGCAGCGAGCGCUCGCCGACAUCAGCCUCCGCCUCAGCCCGGACCCCAUCAUACUCAAGCUGCCGGUCGUUAUGCUGAACUCGGCCACCGACCUGCUGAAGUACAUCGAUGAGACACACCUGACCCAUGAGUUUGGUGGCACCCUCGACUACUGCCACGAUGAGUGGAUCCUGUUUCGCACGGCAAUCGAGAGCUUUGCCGUGAUGGUCAAGGACAUUGCUCAGAUGCUGCAGACUUUUGGCACCGACCUGGCCGAGGCAGAACUGCCCAACAACCUGCAGUCAGUGGAGGACCUCCUCAUCGCCAGGACUGAGAAGUAUAGGCAGCUGAAGAAUGAUGUACAGAGAGUGAUCAAAGAGGGGGAGCUGCUCCUGACCAACCUCAUGGAGCCUGUCAACGUCGCUGAGUCUUGUGCGGAGAAGGAUGGAGAUCGGGCGACAGUGAAGAGGCUGCUGAUCCAGCUGCAUGACAUGGAGACAGCAUUUGACGGAUUUUGGGAAAAGCAUCUGCUAAAGCUCGAACAAUGCCUGCAGCUCUGGCGAUUCGAACAAACUUUCCAUGAGAUAAAGAUGGCACUGGAUUACCUGUCUGCUGACGAGGGAGACAUCCCCGAAACUGGGGCCAGUGUUGCUCACUCGGAACAAGCCCUUCGUGCACUGACUAACCUGGACGAGCGAUCUCAGGAAUUGAUUGGGAGUGCCCAGGCGCUGAUCUUGCAGGGCGAUACAUUGAUCGCUGAUCACCACUACGCGGAGGAUUUAAUCUGUGAGAAGUGCAGUGAACUCCGCCACUUCUGCAAGGACCUGCUCGACGACAUGGGGAACAAAUACUUCAGGCUGAACAAAUCACUGGAAUUGCACAUCCGGUUGCAGCAGGUACUGCAGUGGUGUGACGAGGGUGCCUACCUCCUGGCCUCCCAGCCCAUGGACAAGUGCCAGGCGCAGCAGGGCGCCAAGCAAGCUCUGCAGGAGAUCGACAAGUUUCUGGAAAACUCCAGAGGUUACCUGCAGAGUGACGCCGAAGAAUUGUUCAAUGAGUUUGGAGACAUCCUUACAACUCCCAAUAAGGCGCAGAUACAGAUGGUUCACGAGAAGCUCGACAAUGUGUACAUGAUGUUUGAGCAGCGGCAGUCGUCUCUCAAGAAGCUGGCGGUCCAACACGUUCGACCGGUGCAGCCCGUGGCUCCCCGGCCAGACGUCGUGAAGAGCCCCUUGUUCACACCCAAGCAAGGUGUGGAGUCGAGUCCUGUUUCGAGGUUCCCGUUUGAAAUUCCAUUAUACGGAAAAAGGAGCUCCAGAAAACCACAAAGCAUAAGGAAGAUUGAGGUCAUGCAUGAAGUCAGCCAAGCAAGGAAUUCUCCCCAUUUAUUAACACACGACAGUGAAGGCAGCUUGGCGAUCCUGAAAGGACAUGUCAUCAAUGAGCUGAUAGACACCGAGCGGCUCUAUGUCGAGGAGCUGAGCAGUGUUCUACAGGGUUACCAAGCAGAGAUGGACAACCCAGCCAUGGUAUCUCUGAUGACUUCCAUGUUGGAGAACAAGAAGAAGGUUUUGUUUGGCAACAUGUCGGAGAUCUAUGAUUUUCACAGCAGAAUUUUCCUCAAUGAUCUUCAAAACUGCAUUGCAAUGCCUGCGAGAGUAGGAUUCUGCUUCCUUGAAAGGAGGGAAAACUUCCAAAUGUACGUGAAGUAUUGCCAGAAUAAACCGCGCUCUGAGUACCUUUGGAGGCGAUGUUCGGACUGCCCCUUCUUCCAGGAAUGCCAGCGGAAGCUGGGUCACAAGCUCGGACUGGACUCGUACCUACUGAAGCCAAUCCAGCGACUCACAAAGUACCAGCUGCUGCUGAAGGAGUUACUGAAGUUCAGUGGCGACAGUGACGGAAGCCAGGAGUUGCAGGAGGCUCUGGCAGCCAUGCUGAACUUGCUAAAGUCAGUCAACGAUUCCAUGCACCAGAUUGCCAUAACAGGAUAUAACGGAAACCUGGAGGAGUUUGGGCCAGUGUUGAUGCAGGGCUCGUUCAAUGUCUGGAUAAAUCACAAGAAAGGUCCCAUCAAAGUGAAAGACCUUGCCCGCUUCAAACCCAUGCAACGCCACCUCUUCCUUCAUGAGACGGCCCUUGUGUUCUGCAAGAAGCGAGAGGAACACGGAGAGGGGUACGACAAAGCACCCUCCUACAGCUUCAAACAUUUCUUGAAAAUGAAUGCAGUUGGCAUCACUGAGAACGUGAAAGGGGAUGUCAGGAAGUUUGAAGUCUGGUACAGCGGACGGGAGGAAGUGUAUCUCAUUCAGGCUCCUACGGUGGACAUUAAGAUGGCCUGGUUGACUGAAAUGAGGAGAGUGUUGACCAACCAGCAGCAACUCCUCCGAGAGGACAGCCAAUCGCCUCACCACCACUUGGACCAGAUGCUUCUAUCGCCCGGGAAACAGAAGAGAGCCUCUUUGAGUUCGGAGGAGAACGACUCUGACCUGACCAGAGAGGUGGUUUUAGAUACAUUCCCUCUGUCUCCACAGCACCUCUCAACACGGACAGAGUGGGCUGGCAACUCGCCGUUUUUCGAAGGGUCGGAGGGAACGGAGGGCUGGUCGAGUAACAACGACACGGAGGACGAGGAUGUCAGCCAGCUGUCCCCCGGGAGGUACAAAGCUCACGCUGAUGGUCAGAGCCAAGACUCGGAGGAGCUGCUGAUUAAGAGUGGGGAUGUGGUCCAACUAAUGCAUGAAAAUGGCGAAGGGCAGUGGUUUGUGAAGAACCUGAACCGAGGGCAGCAGGCUUGGAUUUCUGUUAACAGCUUGCAGAUCAUCGUUGGGGACUGUCGAUCUCAAACCGCCGGCUCAUCGGGCUUGGAUUUCAAUAAGACACGAAAAAUCAGCUCUUCACUUUGACGGGGAUGACCGUGGUCCUCUGGGUAUAUUACACAGCUCGUCCAUCCCAGUCGCUCCACAUUCCCACUCCAUGUUCGGUUGGCGGAGCUUUACUGGCUGAAUGUUUGUCACUCUGCCACCCGCCCCUCACCCACAGAGACCUCUGCCACCCACCUCACAACAUGAACGAGGGCAUGACACAGAGCAGUUAUGUAAACAAACUCAGAGACGAGUGUCGAUGAGGUGAACACAAAGACAACACCAAGAAGUGACCAUCGAAGCAGAGACACACACGUACGGCCAGUUGCAUGGUUGCCGACAAUCUUGAGUUCGAGUUUCGAGUUGUGUUUAGUUUAGUGUCACGUGUACCGAGGUACAGUGAAAAGCUUUUGCUGCGUGCUAACCAGUCAGCGGAAAGACUAUACAUGAUCUCUUGUGCGAAUUCCUUGCUUCUCAGGUUGAAGGUCUUUGACAGUCGGAGACAAUCCUCCUCAGAUGAUUGCUGAGUAUUCUUUGCGUGGAAUUGGAUCGUGCUGAGGAUAUAAUGUUUACAUUGUCCACAUUUUUAAUGUUAAUUUAUCGUAGAGAAAAAUGUUUCAUACACUGUUUUCAUUGAUGUGUUGAGAUUGUUGACAAUCAUUGGUGGUAUUUAUAAGCAAGUAUAUCUGUCACAUGGCUUCUUAUGGAAGUGUUUAGUACGUCGGUAUGUUUUCAUACUUUAUUUUGUGGCCACGGGGAAUUUGAGGGUUCGCUGUGCCCUCAAUGCCACGUGCCCGGUAGCUGGCAUUGUCCAAGUCAUUGUCUCAUUGACAGGUUAACUGGUGUGGUGGCUCUUUCCAAAACAUACGCAUGUUGUUUCCUUUGGUUAUGCAUCAUUUCACUCCUCCUGAGACCAUCCUUUGAUGGGAUUCAGAGGAUCACUAAAGCUCGCACAAGUGUGGAAUGUGUGGGACAAACAUAUUAACCUCAGAAACACAGGGGGGAGUGUCACUGUCAUGAGUUCAGUGAAAAACCACAGUGCAAAAUCUUACUUCUUUUCUUAUUUCCCUCACUCAUUUUCUCUCACUUUCUCUCACCCUCACACUCUCUAUGCUCUCAUUCUCUUGCUCACUCUCACUCUACUCUCGCCCUCUGUCGCCCAUUCUCUGUCUCUCUCUCUCUCUCUCUCUCUCAUUCACUCUCAUCAUACUCUCUCCAUCCCUCUCUUUCCAGUCAUCUCUCUAACUCCACCUUUUUGAAAUCUCUCUGAUAUGACACGAUGGGUUUUAGCAGGGAAGUGCUGGUAAACCACAUUGACCCAGUCAUCAGAUCACCAGCUCACCACUCCUGCAUUUGGAGCUCAACCUCCCCUGUGUCUGUCUGCCUCUUCCUUCAUCCUGUUUGAUGCUUACCGCAACAGUUGCUGGCAAUGGUCUUGAACGUACACCGUCCAUCAGAAUGAAGUCAUUGCCCACACAUGAGGAGCAUGUUUGCAGACUCUCAACUCUAUUGAGACCCGGCAGUGCAGUAGGAGGGGAACAGGAUGGUGUGAGAGCAACUGGUCCAUCCCACAUCUGGUGAUCUUUCCAACCUCAUUUAGAUGGUGCAAGUACAAAUAAAAGCAACAUCACGGUAGAACCAAGCUGGGAGCAUGCAUUUGCUGUUGAGCUCCCAUUGUAACUGCUGUUGAUUCAGCAUUAGUAACAAAGGGGAACUUCCAUCCCCCACUCAUUGCACAGUGCACUAUAGUACUCUUUGCAUUGUAUUCCCUCAGUCCUCUGUGCAAUGUCAUUACAGGUGAGGAAUGGGGAACCAUGGCCUGUUGAAGUGAUUACUCCAGCACUUUGUGUUCUACGCAAGAGUCUAGCAUCUGUAGUUGUGUGUGUCCACAAUAGUUAACUGUAGCCUAUUGAAGUGAUUAGCGAGUCCUUGCCAUUUAUUUAUUUAUAGUUAACAUUUCAUUAAUUGUAUAGCACCCUACUCUGAGAUGCCUUCCAGUUCAAGUCAAGCCAAGCCAAGGCUGUUUUAUUGCCACAAAGUGCUGGAGUAACUCAAUGGGUCAGGCAGCAACUCUGAAGAAAAAC